AAUUCAUGCCUUACGAGUCAAUUUCACGCAAUGUUUCCUGGGCGACAGAUUGCCCGAAAAAAAGAGCCGAGGCAAAGAUCGCGGAGAGAGUGAAAUGUUUGGAAACAGAGCGAUCGAAGGCUUGUGCUGAGAGGCGGCGGGGAGGAAAGAGAAGAAAGUUUCUAGUUGUUGGCGAGAGGCUGAGAAUGAGCGAAGGCAGCGGCAGAGGCAGCAGCGGCGAGCACUGAGCAGAGCCCCUGGGGCAGCGAGAGCUGGAGCCGGAGACACACAGCGAGAGAGAGAGAGAGAGAGAGAGAGAGAGAGAGAGAGAGAGAGAGAGAGAGACAGAGCGAGAGAGAGGCGCUGCGAAUGAAUGGAGGCGCAGUGAUCGCGGCGUGAGCACGGGAUAUAAACAGUGCGGGGAGCAGCCUGAGCGCCUCUGACAGCCCCUUCUGCUGACAAGAAACAAGGUGUGCUCACACCCGCAGAUUAUGGCGGUGAAAACGCCUGCACAGGGCACCGGAGUCUUGCUGAUAACAGCCAAUGUUGGAUCCCUGUUUGAAGAUCCUGAAAACCUACAGAAGAAUUGGCUUCGGGAAUUUUAUCAGACCGUGCACACACACAAGCCUCACUUUAUUGCAUUGCAUUGCCAAGAAGUUGGAGGAAAGAAUUAUGAAGCCUCAAUGUCCCACGUUGAUAAAUUUGUGAAAGAACUGCUAUCGAGUGAUGAAAUGAAAGAGUAUAACAGAGCACGAGUAUACUUGGAUGAAAAUUAUAAAUCAGCUGAACAUUUUACGGCUUUAGGAAAUCUUUACUUUCUUCAUGAGUCUUUGAAAAGUACCUAUCAAUUUGAUUUUAAAGCUAAAAAGUACAAAAAAGUAACGGGUAAAGAAAUAUACUCAGAAACAUUAGAAAGCACACCAAUGCUCGAAAAGGAAAAGUUUCCACAAGAUUACUUCCCUGAGUGUAAAUGGUCCAGAAAAGGCUUUAUCAGAACACGAUGGAGUGUCACUGAUUGUGCCUUUGACUUGGUGAACAUUCAUCUUUUCCACGAUGCUUCCAAUUUAAUUGCUUGGGAAACAAGCCCAUCUGUCUACUCAGGAACCCGACAGAAAGCUCUCACUUAUGUGCUAGAUAGGAUCACCGACCAACGAUAUGAGAAGGUGCCACAUUUCCUGUUUGGUGAUUUUAACUUCAGAUUGGAUUGUAAAGGUGUUAUAGAGGCGCUGUGUGCAACAGCAACAAUGCAAACUAUUCGGGCUGCAGACACCAAUCAAAUAAACAAGCUAAUUUUCCGUGAAUCAAUGAAUGAUCGGAAGGUGGUGCUUCAACUAGAAAAGAAGCUUUUUGAUUAUUUUAACCAAGAUGUAUUUCGGCAAAACAAUGGUGUUGAGCUUUUAGAAUUUGACAGAGAGCUGUCUGUAUUUAAAGACAAGUUGAGUGAACAAGAGAUUGCAUUUCCACCCAGCUAUCCAUACAGUGAAGACUCAACUCAGGGAAAGCAGUACAUGAAUACAAGAUGUCCCUCAUGGUGCGAUCGGAUUCUUUUGUCACAUUUGGCACGGGAUCUUAUUCAUAAGGCUGAAAACGAUGAGAAGUCAGUUAUCUAUGACAACAUUGGACCAAAUGUUUGCAUGGGGGACCACAAGCCUGUCUUCCUGUUCUUUCGAAUAGCUGCUGGGGCAGGUAAACCUAAUAGAAAUAUGCGCAACUGUUGUGUGGUGCAGUGAUGUGGUGGUAAAAAGUAUCAACGAAAUGAGAAAAUCUUUCGCGAAACUGCCCUCUAGUCCGUUUGCACCAAAUUAUUGAAAGUGGACCAGCAGGGAUAUCAGAACACUCACAGACAUCUUUGUAAAUCCAACCUAUGUUGAUGCUGUAUUUCCUCGGCCCUCACCUCAGACUGUUCAUCAUCCAUUCUGCUUUGACGCCUGAAGUCUGUUCAAGAUGGCCACACAUACCUCACCAUUUCGUACAUUCCUGUGACACUUGAAUUAAAUGUGGGACAAUUUUAAAAUGUGUCACAGAUUUGUUGCCAAACGCUAACAGUAGAAUUUACUACACCUUUUAAAUAUCUCACAUUUAUAAUAUUUAGCAGAAAACAUUGUCUGUCUUUUAACAAAAGAAGCUGUUUCCUUAUGUAAAAAUGUAUGAAGUGCAAUGCGAAAAUUGUAUAUCAAUACUGUACUAGAGAGGGUUUUUUGUACAUUCGAUUGUAUAGGUAGUGGAUUUCCUUUCAGUCAUGGUUUUAUUGAGAUUUCUCUCACCAUUUUAUGUCUGUGUUAGGCUAGUUAGGUAUUUUUGUUUUGGUGAAUUCCUAUACUACGUAUCGCCACAUUAUCUUGUUUUGAAUCACAUUUUAGCUGCUCUUCGGUUUUAUAUCCACUUUUAAAGAAAAAACUAAUUUAUAAUAUCCUUCCAACUGCCCUAUGCGAAAUUCUUUUUGUAAACAUUGGCUGCUUGUCAUCUGACAUAUCACCUAUUUGUUAUUAUCAAUAGUAAAUUCAAUAUAUAAAUCUGUAAGUUCUUGACCAAACUAUGCUUUAGAUAACUUAGAUUGUGCCAUUGUUGAUAAAGUAAUCAGAUUUAUUAUAACCACCAUACAUAAAUAGCAGCCUGUCCGCGUUAAGUCUUUCAGUUGUAACUUAUUCCUAAUAAUGCCAAGUUUUCAGAAUGUGAAAUUUAAUAGGAUGGGAACCAUGAGAUUUUUUUGUAAACUAUUUCUGUCUAUUUUUGUUACUGCAUAUGGUGCCAAGUAUCUAUGGACAGAGUUUAGUGGGAAUCCUUUCUUCAGCUUUAUCUUGCUACAUGUGCUUCAAUGGUUUGUAUAUAAACCCCUGAAACCCAAGGUUGCAAAUUUCGUAUUCUACCGCCUAUAUUUAAUCUCCAGCGCUAAUAUUGCCAACUUUACACGCUGCCUUCUUUACGGCAUUUAAAAGAUGAUUAGGUCCGAAGAUUGGAAACACAGCCAAUGGCGAAACGUUUCUCCUAUCGAUUUAAUUUAGUACACUACAAAGUUCACAGCUACUUGAUGGCAGUGGAUUGAUGCGUGUUUUCGUAUAAAUCACUACGAUUGGAAAUGAUUUUGUGUCUACCGGCAGAAUUUAUGCGCCCGUGACCGUGAGAUCAUUCUCGUUUGUAGACAAAGUGUAAACAAAAAUACAGUGCAGACUAGCUGUACCAAUGUGCCCAUGUAUCGAUAGCCACUCACUGUAAACUAUUUUAUUAAAUCAGAGUUUCAACUUAUGUGACGUUUAUGGGCUAUAGAAAUAAAUUUCUUUCUUUCUCAAACAAUUAAA